UCCUGUGGGCAGCUGCUUGCUCACUGCGCAAAAAUAAUGUUGGACCUUGGUGUUAUCUAGCUGGGCUCUUAUGUGUGUGUGCUUGUAGCAGAAUGAAGCGAACUGAUGUGCAGCUUUCAUGUAUAUCCUGACUGAAUUGGCUGUUCUGUCUGUGUUUCCUUUGGGGGUAUCUGUCUGUUUUGCACGGCGUCUGAGGCUUCUGUGGGUUUCUUUUGCAGCAUACCUGCCCUCCGGACUCUCUGCAACCCAUACCCUCUGCUUGCUUGGGAGGGAUCUGUUUUCAGUUCACAUCAGGGGAGAGAAGAAGGGAGAAGGGUGGGGAAGCUGAACACAGCCUAAUGCACCGGAGGUGCCUCGGAAAUGAGAACCUUGGAUGAAUUCCUGGCCCUAUUGAUUGGUAUUGGUAGCACUAUGCAGCCAGAUACAGAGAGGACCCGGAUACGGCCCAAGAAACCAGACAUGGCCCUGUAUGUUCCCAGAGCACGACGUGAGAUGGCAGCCCCCAAACCCAGAUCCUCACUGGCCACCACAAGAUGUGGGAGGGAGGAGAGCCACUGGCCCAUAGAGAAGGAAAGCACAAAAGGAUGUGAGGCAAAGCAGAGCCCUAUAGCUGGGAGAGGCCUCCUUCGAAGUGAUCAAGAAGGAGCCACAGCCUUCCCCAGCGAAAGGAGAGGAACUUCUUCCCCACGCCGGAAUCAUAGUGAUGCGUUCCACCAAAGCAGCUCAGAGCCAAAGGUGCAGGCCAUGGAGAGAAUGCAGCCCCAGCAAAAGUUGGAAUCGUAUAGACUGCCUUCUGCCUCUCUCUUCAUAGAUCCUAGCCCUACUCCAUUGCCCAACAGUGAAGUUGAGGCACUUCCAAAAUGCUGCCAAGCACACUCUACUGAUGCCCUGGAGAGGAUGGCAGAUCUCCGGCUUCAGCCAGAAAUUAGUGGUGUAGACUGCUUUUCAGAACAAGAGCACAUUAUGGUUUCAUCGGCAGAGCAGGGCCUAUUUUAUUCGCAAAGGACUUGUAAGCAUGCAGGAGCGCUCCUCCCAGACCAGGUAGGGCUGAGUGACAAAAGUGUGCAGAAAUACAACAGUGAGAGGCUCUUGGGGCAGAGAGAACUGAAAGAACCGAGCAUGUUGGCUAGCGAAGGAAGACUAAUGAAGCCUGUAAGCAAAGGUGAUUUGGAGCCAACCAGAGUAGGUAAGAGCAUCAUGUUUGAAAAUGAGGGUAAGCAGGUUCUGGGUGGCUCUGAGACACACAAGGAAUGCUCAUCCGUGUAUUCAGGUGAGAAAGUAUCCAGUCAAAGAGACACAAGCGACAGUAGCGUGCUAGAACUUGUUGCCAAGAGUGUGCCAGUUCGCACCACGGUAGAGGAGCGUGACAGGUGCAAAUGCAUAGAUGAGAGCAGCGCCAAUCAAAGAGAGGUGAGUGGCCAUAGCAUGUCGGAAUGUUCGCAGUGGCAAGUUGCAUAUCAGACAGAACCAAAGGAAGGCAGCAGAACCAAAGACACAGAUGGGUGCAUUCGAGCUCAAGCACAAGUGACUGAGCGUAGCACAGUAGAGCCUGGAGAGGAGAGUGAGGGGCCUGUGCCCAGGCAUGCUGCUGAGUGCAUGUCUGAGCAGACUGGAGUCAGCCUGAAUACUGUGUCUGAAUACAGUGUGGGUGAGAGCAUUUUGGUUCAGACAGAGGCAAGUGACCUGACUGAGAAGGCAAGCAAGCAGUUCCCAGGCGGUGCAGGAGUAGCUGCAGGUGAUCACUGUUCGGAGAGGGCCCAUGGGCGUUUGGAUGGUCCGCCGAAUUGUGUCUGUGAGGUAAUGGAGGAUGACAUAAGGCAGGUAUGUGGCAGUGAACAUGAGAAAGGUAGCAGCUUCUCCCAGCAUGCCCACCAGCAUAAAGUUGAUGUCUCUGAGUCUGCCCUGGCAGCAGCAGAAGUUGAGCUGAACUUGGGAGAUCAAAGCGCCGAGGUUAGAUGCAGCACUGACGUAAGCAGUUCCUCUGAGGAGGUUGGUAGCUUGUUCCUGGAAUGUGUCUCCAAGAAGAUGGCAUGCUGUCCAGAGAGCAUUCUGGACAGUGCAGAAGCACCCAGAGGUGACACCUCUGCAGAAAACCCAACCCAUGGGAAUUUGGGCAUAAGGUUGUGGCAUCCACCUGAAGCCAAGGCAGAAGGAGAAGCUGGGCAGAGUGUGCCAUCCAGUUGGGAGGAGCCCAGUAGAACCAGUGUCGGCCCUGCAACCCACAGGGAAGAAGAUGAGAUGGCCGAAGAGAGCUGGGAUGCUCUCUUUAAUGAUGAUGGUGAUUGCCUGGAUCCACGCUUGCUGGAGGCGCUGUCUUCCCACAGCCCACCCAUCUCUGGGCUGCAGGAGCCACACAUUGACUACUACAGCUACUCUCCAGCUGAUCUGGACUUGAGCGACUCUGAGCUGCCACAUGUCAUUGAGAUCUAUGACUUCCCCUCUGAAUUCCGCACUGAGGACCUUAUGCGUGUCUUCUGCAGCUACCAGAAGAAAGGCUUUGACAUUAAGUGGGUAGAUGACACACAUGCACUGGGUAUCUUCUCCAGUCCCAUCACAGCCCGGGAUGCUCUCAGUACCAAGCACCUGACGGUGAAAACCCGUCCACUGUCACAGGCCACACGAGCUGCAAAGACCAAGGCCCGGGCCUAUGCUGAAUUCCUGCAGCCAGCCAAAGAGCGCCCUGAAACCUCAGCUGCUCUGGCUCGGAGACUGGUGACGGGUGCUCUUGGUGUGCGGAGCAACCAAAGCAAGGCGGAACGUGAGGCCGAACGCAAGCAGUUACAAGCAGCCCGAGAAAGGAAGCGCUUGGAGGCCAAGCAGAGAGAAGAUGCUUGGGAAGGCCGUGAGUGAAUCAAAGACGAUUGCCAGGAGAAGGAGAGAGAUUGUUAGCCCCUUGCUGGAACUGGAUUGGGAUCCAUGACAGAGAUGGGCAGGUUGUGUUUGCAACACUGGGGAUGUUCUGCUCUUCCAUUUGUGCUGACAGCAAGGUAUCAGGACCCUUGCGGGCCGUCGUGGGUAACCCACAUCUGUUCAAGUGGGAUGUGUGAGCCCUAACAAGCUUCUCUCCUGGAUGUAUCUGAAAACAGCACUGGAACAAAAGCCAUCAUCAGGGCAUCCGGCCUGAAGGUUUGUGCCAAGCAGUAUUCUUUGCAAGGUUUUGUGCCAUGGAAAUGUGAUUUACGAGCAUUUAGCUCGAGGCUUCCUGGAUAAAGUGGCACCAAACAGAGCCCUGAGCAGCGCUUUGUUUAAUGAGACUGGACUGAGCAGUGCCCACUAUUGCGUUUGCUAUUAAAGUUUCCUUUUUAUUUUA